CGAAAUAUUCGAACCAAUCACUUUCGGUGGAGGGCCCAGGAGGUCCCGCUUCUGACGUAAUCCCCUAACGUUCAGAAUUUGCAACGUCCAGAAUUUCCCACACCACAACACCAACACACAGCCACCAACAUCCACAGAAGACUCAAAGGAGAUAAUCAAGAGAGACCAUGGCGACGAACACCGACAACACUCUUGUUGACACAGGAGAGUCAUUAACCACGCCACUAAUAGCCGAAGGAGAUAGUAGCGAUGAAGAAGAGGCGACCCCCCUUGGCAACCACCCACUGGAACGGACGGUGUCAUCCUUGACAGCAAUCACCGACGACGAAGAUGAUUCCCACGGCAGUGAUGCUGAGAGCUGCUUUACCAGGCAUGCAAGAUGGUUCGGACUUGCGUCUGUUUGUCUCGUCAUGACGGCUGAAUACUACGCUAUUGACAUUCCAGCCGCUCUACACCAAGAACUCAAAGAUUACAUGGAACCAGCAGAUCACGACGCCAACUUUGAAUUACGCUUCAAUCUACUGUAUACCGUCUAUGCCAUGCCCAACAUUGUAUUGCCCCUCGUGGGAGGCGUCAUGGUCGAUCGAUGGGGCCCCAGUCGCUGCAUGGUAGUCUACUCCAUCUUUUUAGCCUUGGGUCAGGCACUCUUUGCACUGGGGUUAUCUCGGCAUAGUUGGACGCUCAUGUUGGCAGGACGAGCCGUCUUUGGGUUGGGUGGAGAAUCCAUCUGUGUCGCCUUUAGCACACUCUUUUCGGAAUGGUUUGAUCCCUCGGAACGAGCAUUUGCCUUUGGCACACAAUUGGCCGUCAGUCGACUGGGAUCUGUAUUGAAUAAUGUCGUGAGUCCCAAAGUGGCACAUGCCUGGACGACUCCGUGGGCUCUUUGGGUGGGUGUCAUUUGGAACGCUGUGGGAGUCCUGAUUGCCUUUGUCGUCAAGUACUUGCAUGCCAUACUGCACAGUAGAAGGACACCCUCCAAUCACAACAACAACAAUCAAAUGACAGAACCGUUGCUCCCAAAUAGUGGAGAAUUCCUAGAAAUGGAACAUUCCAUUGAGUCAUCAUUAUCGCACGGACACAACAACAACGAUACUAGACCAACACGCCAAGAUGCCGGCAACCAAGAAGAGCAACAACAAAUCAGCCUCCUCGAUGUGUCCCGCUUGGGUUCUAGCUUUUGGUUGCUAUGCAUCUGUUGUAUGGUGGUGUACGGCUGCAUUAACCCAUUCAACAAUGUCGCAUCGGGUAUUCUAUUGGAGAGAAACUAUUUUCAAACACCGCCAUCGGAUUGUCAAUUGACUCUACCAAAACAAUGCACAUCUGGAAGCUUAGUCAAGGAUCCCAAUCCUUCUUUCAAUCACAAUGGAGAUUCCUGCCCGGGCCAUGGCUAUGCCCCCAUUCUUCCCACGUUCCCACUCAACAUUUCCACGGAAGACUACGACCACGAAUUUCUCCGGCAAAAGGACAAGGUUGCCUGUGACGAUUCCUUUUGGGCGCAAGAAUGCACGCAAGACUACUGUCUGGCGCUCCAUCAAGCCACGGAACAAGCCGGACGGACCAUGUCGAUUCCGUACUUUGUGUCCGCAAUCAUCUCUCCACCCAUUGGAAGUUUGGUCGAUCGCGUCGGUCGUCGUGCCAUGUUGGCAUGUGGGACAUCUUUUGUGCUCAUGAUGGUGCAUUUAGCAUUGGCGUUUGUGCCGGCGUUGCCCGUCUGGAUCCCACUGGUGGGACAAGGAGUGGCAUAUGCCCUCUUUUCGGCCGUGAUCUGGCCCAGUGUCGGACUCGUAGUGGAGCAGAAAAUGACCGGUACGGCCUAUGGCAUUAUUCUAUCGGCGCAAAACUUGGGCAUUGCCUUGUUCCCCAUUGCCGUCGCUGCCAUUUAUCGGGCAUCACACUUUCGGUACAUUCCCAAUGUCGAAUUGUUGUUUGUCGUUUGUGCCGGACUGGGGAGUGCCGCUGGAAUGAUGCUUUGGGUUUUGGAUCGAAAAAACGGAAACAAACUCGGUCAAGUAGCGGUGAGAGAGCACUAGACCGAAAAUGUAGUCUAUUGUAGAAAAGAAGUGAUUCUAAAUAGUGCAUACAUGCAAUUGGAAUCAUCUUGACAAGAGUUUGACACCCUCAUCAUAUUGCUUGGCUUGUUGAAUUUGAAUGAAAUUCCUCUUGACCCCUGGACCAAAUCUUGAACAACAUUUACAUGUCCUGACUGUGCUACGGUACCCUUGUGAUAGCGGUACAGCUACCCGUUACACAGCUUCUAAAAAGUAAGAUCAGACAGACACACCCGCGGGAGUAAACAUGUUCACUGGCUUAUUAAUUCCCGAUCUGAGAAGGCUCGGGACUCGAUUCAGCGCAAGUGCGGCCCAAAGUAGCUGGCCCAAAUCCACUGCGAUACCAGUUCAAAGCGCUUGGUCGCUUCCCGUGCAUCUUCUCCACUCGUAACUCUUUACGCGAAUGAGGCCUUUGAGUACAACUGAAAUUUUAAUCUUGUGAGUUUUCCGUUGGAGGGACUCAAUGUCAGAAGCGGUUAAGUACUGGUUCUAGUGUUUAACAGUGAGGAUU